CCAUCAGCCACCUCGGCGGCGCAGUUUGUCGACAUACCACUUUUUUUUAAAUCCGGAUACGCAGUACUCUGAUCCAACACUCAGGGCAAUCUUCCACGGGCUCUAAACCCGGCAAGCAGCGGCCAUGGACGAUUUUACCUCCCUCGAACUCCUGUCGCUCGUUUCCAAAGUCACCUCCGAAUUGCAAAACCACUUGGGAAUCAACGACAAGACUCUCGCCGAGUUUGUCAUUGACCAGCAUGAAAAAUGUGGUGGCAACCUCCACGAGUUCAAGGCCUCGCUGGCUGCGAUGGGAGCAGAGUUCCCCAAUAGUCUGGUGGAGAGCGUGGACAGAUUGAUUUUGACGAUGCACCCCAAGCAUAAAGUCCAGAAAAAGCCGCAAGAAAAUGGCAAGUCAGACAUGGAUGAGUUGGACGCUAUCGGGCGUAAGGCACGAGUGUUCAAAGGACUGGCUGUACCCGACCGAGAACAAGCAUGGGACGAUUACGAGGAUGACAUGGUCGGGCAAAAGACGAUCGACGAAAGCCGACCUCCAGACCCUGGAACGCCGGAGGACGACGACACCUUUGCGCUUCUCGAAGGGCUUGCCGGCAAGACUGGAAGUGGCACGAAUGGGAACUCGACGAGAAGCAGGAAACGAAGUCGUAGUCCCGACCGAGAUGAUUAUCCGAGAGACAGGAAACCGAGACAGAAAUACUUGUCGAGAAGCCCGAGUCCGCAAGAGGAGAGAAAAUCUCGCCACCGCCGCGACCGAGAUAGAGACUACGACGACCGUCGAGAUCGGUACGAUGAGAGACGGAAUGGCCAUCGCAAGAGCAGACGAAGAGACUACGAGGACGACGAUGAUUUCAAAAAGCCCCCUCGAAAGGAGAUUGACGAAUCUCCUGUCCUCUACAAAAUUUACGAUGCCACGAUCAAUGGGAUUAAAGAUUUCGGAGCGUUUGCAGAUCUGCAAGGCGUCAAAGGUCGUGCAAGUGGCUUGAUACAUGUAUCAGCCAUACAAGAAGGCGCAAGGGUCAACCAUCCUUCGGAUCUUUUGUCACGAGGCCAGCCGGUCAAAGUGAAGGUCAUCAAACUUGAAAACAACAAAAUCAGUUUGUCCAUGAAAGAGGUUGACCAAGUGACUGGUCAAGAUCUGGUGCCUUCGCGACGAAUCGCUUCUGGGGCUAAUCUGGAACGAUUGGACGGGAUGCCUUCUGAGGAUCGUUAUGGCGGCCUCGGUAAUACAGUCCCUGUAAUUGAAGAUGACUACAACUCGAAUUCACGAAAGAACAGAAAGAGGAUGACUUCACCUGAGCGGUGGGAAAUCAAACAGCUUAUCGCCUCCGGCGCGAUAUCCGCCCAGGAUUAUCCUGAUAUUGACGAGGACUACAACGCGACUCUGAAUGGCCAGGGUCAGUUUGAUGAGGAAGAAGUAGAUGUGGACAUCGAGGUCAGAGAGGAAGAACCACCUUUCCUAGCUGGCCAAACCAAGCAGUCACUAGAACUUUCACCUAUCCGAGUCGUCAAAGCCCCCGAAGGGUCUUUGAACAGAGCUGCUCAAGCAGGAACGACAUUGGCCAAGGAACGGAGGGAAUUGAAACAACAGGAAGCUGCCGAUAAAGCAGCAGAAGAAGCAUCCAAGGUCGACCUCAACGCGCAGUGGCAAGAUCCCAUGAUCAAUCCCGAGCAACGGAAAUUCGCGUCGGAACUGAGACAGGCUCAGCAACAAACCUUCAAAGCUACAGACACCGUACCGGAAUGGAGGCGAGUGACUCAAGGCAAGAACCAAUCCCUAGGACGAAGGACAGACAUGACCAUCAAACAGCAGCGAGAAUCUCUGCCCGUCUACAAAUUUCGGAAGCAAUUGCUGGAUGCAAUUGCGCAAAACCAACUCCUUAUCGUUGUUGGUGAUACUGGUUCGGGAAAGACCACCCAGGUCACCCAAUACCUUGCCGAAGCAGGCUAUGCUAACAAUGGCAUCAUUGGCUGUACCCAACCACGUCGUGUUGCCGCCAUGUCCGUUGCGAAGCGUGUCUCAGAAGAAGUUGGGUGUGAACUUGGUAGGGAAGUUGGUUACACGAUACGUUUUGAAGACAGAACGUCGCCCGACACCAGGAUCAAAUACAUGACGGAUGGUAUGCUACAACGAGAGAUUCUCCUGGAUCCAGACCUCAAACGCUAUAGCGUCGUCAUGCUUGACGAGGCUCACGAGAGAACCAUUGCGACUGAUGUACUUUUCGGGUUGCUUAAGAAAACAUUGAAGAGACGUCCCGACAUGAAGCUCAUCGUUACGUCGGCGACGCUUGAUGCAGAAAAGUUCUCGGAAUUCUUCAAUAAGUGUCCUAUCUUCACUAUUCCAGGUCGGACCUUCCCAGUCGAGAUCAUGUACUCAAGAGAACCCGAGGAGGAUUAUUUGGAUGCUGCUUUGACCACCGUCAUGCAAAUCCACCUGACUGAGCCACCUGGUGAUAUCCUGUUGUUCUUGACUGGCCAAGAGGAAAUUGAUACCAGCUGUGAAGUGUUGUAUGAGAGGAUGAAGGCCCUCGGGCCAAGUGUCCCGGAAUUGAUCAUCUUGCCGGUCUACUCAGCGCUCCCUAGUGAGAUGCAAAGCAGGAUCUUUGACCCCGCGCCACCUGGAAGCCGAAAGGUCGUUAUUGCGACAAACAUUGCAGAAACGUCAAUCACAAUCGAUCAUAUCUACUACGUGAUUGACCCUGGCUUCGUCAAGCAGAAUGCGUAUGAUCCCAAACUUGGAAUGGACUCUCUUGUUGUCACACCGAUUUCACAGGCUCAAGCGAAGCAGCGAGCUGGACGUGCUGGUCGUACAGGACCCGGAAAAUGCUUUCGGCUAUACACCGAAGCGGCAUAUCAGUCGGAAAUGUUGCCAACCAGUAUUCCUGAGAUUCAGCGUCAGAAUUUGUCAAACACCAUCCUCAUGUUGAAAGCCAUGGGCAUCAAUGAUCUCUUGCACUUUGACUUCAUGGACCCACCUCCCACCAAUACCAUGUUGACAGCACUAGAGGAAUUGUAUGCACUGUCGGCUCUCGACGAUGAAGGCCUGCUCACCAGACUUGGUCGUAAGAUGGCGGAUUUCCCUAUGGAGCCAUCGCUGUCCAAAGCACUGAUCGCGUCGGAAGAUAUGGGCUGUUCAGACGAAAUGCUCACUAUCGUGGCCAUGCUUUCCGUGCAGACAGUCUUCUACCGACCAAAGGAAAAGCAGCAGCAAGCUGAUCAGAAAAAGGCCAAGUUCCACGAUCCUCAUGGCGAUCACCUCACUCUGUUGAAUGUGUACAAUGCGUGGAAGCAAUCACGAUACAGCGAUCCCUGGUGUUUCGAAAACUUUAUUCAGAAGCGUCAAAUUGCACGUGCUCGAGAUGUGCGGCAGCAGCUGGUGUCCAUAAUGGAACGAUACAAGCACCACAUUGUAUCCUGCGGGCGUAACACGCUGAAAGUUCGUCAAGCCUUGUGCUCUGGGUUCUUCCGUAACUCGGCACGCAAAGAUCCACAAGAAGGGUACAAGACGCUGAUCGAGGGUACGCCGGUCUACAUGCAUCCCAGCAGUUCGCUCUUUGGUAAAGCUGCGGAGCAUGUCAUCUUUCAUACUCUUGUACUCACGACGAAAGAGUACAUGCAUUGCACGACGGUCAUUGAACCCAAAUGGCUGGUUGAGGCGGCGCCGACGUUCUUCAAGGUUGCACCGACGGAUCGCCUGAGCAAGCGGAAGAAGGCCGAACGGAUUCAGCCGUUGCACAACAAGUAUGCCGGUGAAGACGACUGGAGAUUGAGCGCGCAGAAGAGACAGGGUAGAGGCGGAGGUGGAGGUACCUGGGGUUAAGUGGCAAGGGGGGAACCAAACGAGAAGUCUAUACAGGGGGUACAGCCCGUAGUGAACGAAAGGCAUAUUUUGGAUAGCUUGCCAGGGUUCUGUAGGUUCAUCUUGGGUGAAAAAUACUCCCAAGUACUCGUUGAGCAUCUUGACCCGAGUCGAGACAUGCUUUUGAGGGAUAAGGGCCGACGAUAUGUGAGUCCAAUUAUAGGUAGACAGCAACUCCCUAUAACGAGAUGAUUUAGUCAUUCGAAGACAGACGUUGUCC